UAUUUUAGUUCUUGUUUUUGUGGUGCGAGCGGUUUAUAACUUUAUAAGAAACACUAAUGAAACACCACCAAAAAAUUUUGGAAUGGAGUAAAAAAACAAAAAUUUAAUUAUAAUAAAUGAAACGAUUUUGACCAUAAAAUUUGGUUAGAUGAAACUUUAAAAUCAAGUUUUUAAAAUUUUUUGCAGUUUUUCGUUAUUUUGUCGAUAGUUAAUCAUGCCGACUAAAAUGGAAACAGAAUUGACAACAUUUUUUAUUAAAGGCUUGCCAAUUAAUUAUGGCCAAGAAACUUCUUCAGAUGGUAAACUACUAACAUUAAAUCAUCCUAAAAAGAGAGAGGCGGCAAAAUUUUAUUUUAUUGAUAACAUGUUACAUGAGUUAAUAUUCUAUCAAACAAACUCCUCAUAUUUUAUCGAUGAAAACGUAAAAAGUACUGGAAAAUUUGUAUUUUCUAGUCCAAUUGAUCCUAUUUUUAUAGUUUUACCAUAUUUGAGGGAUAGGCCGCUUAAUUAUAUGACUCUAAAUGAAAUUUUAACUAAUAAAGAAUAUCCAGAUUUAAUUGAAAUAAAAAAUUGUGUUGGUCUAAAAUAUUUGCAAUUUGCUGUUGAUCAUACGGAUGAUAAAUUUAAAUACAGCGAAGAAAAAGUAGUGGAAUGGUUGCAUAAAAAAUUUGAUGCAUUAGUAAGUUUGUUAGAGAGAAAACGUUUACCACCUGAUACAACUGCAAAGAAAACAGCACACGGAAUUUUAUCACAAUAUUUAGAGCAUCAAGUGUAUAAAGUAUUUAUGACUGAAAGACCAGCGUAUUUAAAACGUAAAACUUCAACGAAUGAAACUACCUCAACAACUGUGAAAAAACUUAAAUCAAAAUAAAUUUUUUAUAAAUUGCGUAUA